CUGCCUCUCACCUCUCUCUGUGCACGCCCAGGUUUACGCAUCCAUGAAUACCUGUAUUUUCAAGUGCUGAGCCCGGGAGACAUCCGCUACAUCUUCACCGCCACUCCCGCCAAGGAUUUUGGCGGUGUGUUUAACACAAGGUACGACCAGAUCCACCUGGUCCCGGCGGAUCCCCCCGAAGCCUGCGGAGAGCUGAACAAUGGCGUUUUCAUCCAGGACCAGAUCGCUUUGGUGGAGAGGGGGGGUUGCUCGUUCCUGUCGAAGACGCGUGUGAUCCAGGAGCACGGCGGACGGGCGGUGAUCAUCGCAGAUAACGCCUACGAUAACGACAGCUUCUACAUCGAGAUGAUCCAGGACAGCACCAGGCAGACAGCCGACAUCCCCGCGCUCUUCCUGCUGGGCAGGGACGGGUACAUGAUCAGACGCUCCCUGGAGCAGCACGGGCUCCCCUGGGCCGUCAUCUCCAUUCCCGUCAACGUCACCAGCAUCCCCACCUACGAAAUGAUGCAGCCCCCCUGGACCUUCUGGUAGCAGCAGGAGGCUGCGGCGGAUCGAGGGCUUCUCGGUGGAUCCCAGGAGCUUGCCCCAGGGACCAGGUAUGAGGAAAGGGGUCCCGACGCGCUCCAGAGAUCCCACCGCCCAGCCUCGCCGGAUUCAGCAACGAGGAGAUCUUUCUGCUGCCGCCGGCGCGCGGCUGAAGAGCAAACACCAGCACCCGCAGUGGGAACCUCGAGCCUGGCGCCGAGCACCCGUCGUAGUGACUUUCUGGGAGGGAGGCGGUGGCCCAGAGCAGGCCAGCACUUCCCCGAGGAACAUCUUAAC